UUAUUAUAGCUAGUUUGCGUGUGUUGGAAAUUCAAAUAAUCAACAAUGGAAGGUCAAAUUCGAAAGCGUCCUUUUCCGGUUGAUUCUGAAGACAUCGAUGGCGCCCCUAAGCAGAAGAAAGCUAGGUUUCCCAAGGGUAAAAAGGUAAAACCAGGCGAAGAAGAAAAGCUUGAUAUAGCAAAAAUACUUGGAGAAGAAGCAGGAGAAGAUAUUAAUGGCUGUGACCUUCAAAAUCCACGUGUAGCUGCCAAAGAGCGCGCGAAGAGAAGAAAUUUGAUAACUGCUCAGCUUUUUAGCGAAGAACAGAACCAGGAUUCUACUGCUGAAAUUACUUAUGAGGAUAAUGAAAAUUUUGUUGAAGAGGGGGUUCAAAUAGAACCAUUUAAUCUGCACCAAGAAAGAGAAGAAGGCUAUUUUGAUGCGGCUGGUAAUUUUGUUGAAUAUGUCAGCGAGAAAGAAAUCAAGGAUGCUUGGCUUGACAGUAUUGCAGUUGAUCCAAGAUACGCUGGAAUGAGCUCAAAGGAUUCAACAGAAGAUGAUACAAACAGUGAUGCUAAUGAACUAUCUUCUGCAGACGUCGGAUUGAUAAAGAAGCGAAUUGCCACUGUACUUCAACCAGGGGAAACGGUGUUGCAAGCCUUACGAAGAUUGAAGGGCAACUCUAAUAAUCGGAAACAGAAGAUGCCGGCUGAGACACAACUUCUAUUUGACAAGCUAACUGACGAUGCAAACAAGCUGUUAGAUCAGGGUGAAUAUAAUGUUUACCAUGACAAACAAGAAGUUUUCCAGCGUGAAGCAGAUGGAUAUGAACAGUUAGCUCUAGCUAGGGAGAAUCCCGCAUCUUUAAGUGUAGGCAUGGGAACGGAUAUAUUCUCUGACGUGACAGAUCUUGGAGCAACCUCCUCAGAACUGUCUAAUUCUAAUGGGGUUACUUCAAACACAAACAUAUCUGCUGCAGAAACCUUGAACAAUGGUGCUGAUGAGUAUGACAUGUUUGUGUAUGAUGAGGAUGAUAAACCAUCCUCCAACAGUAUUAAUUUGGUUUCUGGCAUUAGUUCUGAUGGAGUCUCUCAAUUAUCAUCCAGCGGACAGACCUAUGUCUCUGAAACUGGAGCUUUGCAAGAUGAUUAUGUUUAUGAUGAGACAUCCGGGUACUACUAUAAUAGCAGUUCAGGUUACUACUACGACCCAUCGACAGGACUAUACUGCUAUGCGACGUCAGGCCACUGGUACUCCUACAAUCAAGAGAGAGGCACAUAUGAUGAGAUUCAGGAAGUUGCAUCAGGUGCAAACUGAGCAUUCAGUUCUAUCUCACUUUAGGAGUUUGUACAUGCUACCAAGGAAAAAUUUGGGAUAUGAAAGAUUAGAUAAAAUAUAGAUCCGAGCCAGGCGGUUUUCUAGUUUUUUUUUUUUUUAAACACGACUGUUGCGCUGCAUUUUCUUGAUUAAGAUAAGUUAAACUUUGGCAAUCUGAGUGUUUGAGUUGCUUCAAACAUUUUAGUAUUUAGUAUUUUGUUGUGUUUAUAAAGUAGUUGUAAAAAGGCUCAUAGUUUAAAAAGAAGUAAGAAAGUUUCUUAGUAUUCAA